CAAAAUGUGAAGUCAGACCAGGAAUCACCUCUUUCUUCAGCCACAUGCGGGCUCCUGCGAUAGGACGAGACGCGUCUGUAAGCCCCGCCCCCACAUGCGUCAUCGCUGCGCUGUUCGUGGAGCUUUCUGUGAAGAGGACCCAUCCCCGCACUGCUCAGCGACCGGUGAUGGGCCGGCCGGGCCGUCGGGACGUCUGUCAUCACCGCUAUGGGCAUGAAGAAGGGCGUCCGUCCGCCUCCAGAAGCCUCUCCACCCGGACACUCUGACUAUAAAAGGCCGCUGCCUCUUAGCUCCGCUCCGCUCCUCAGCUCCGGCGCUUCACGGAGAGACAGAAAGAUGAUGAUGAUGAUGAUGAUGAUGAUGAUGAUGAUGAACAUUUAUGAGAAGUGUUACUGAGGACAUCUGCUCGAUCCUCGCGUGUUUUACUUCAGGAUGAUGUCCGCAGUGCUUUUAUGUACAAUCAUGGCUGAGAUCUCAGCGCGGGUUUUGACCUCAACCAGCACAGAGGACAAGCCCCUCCUUUCUCCACGACAUUAUCAGCACACUGACCGACAUUCAGGCACCCAACUGGUGUGUGACAAGUGUCCGGCAGGGACCUACGUGUCCGUCCACUGCUCUCUGACGGCUGUGAGGGAAUGCAGCCCCUGCCCUGAGGGUACCUUCACCCGAGGCGAGAACGGUGUUCAGCAAUGUCAUCGCUGCCGUGCUCCUUGUCCUGUGGGCUUUGUCGAGAAAGUGCCUUGCACAGCCACCCAAGAUCGUGUCUGCGCCUGUCUGGCCAACAGCUUCCUGUCGCGGGACGGUGCCACAAAGUGCAAGCCCCACUCCCUGUGUCCUCAGGGUUCCAGAGUGAAGAAACAGGGCACUGAAACACAGGACGCUGUCUGCAAGCCGUGCACAAAGGGAACAUUUUCAGAUGUGAAGUCCAAUGCAGUUAGGUGCAAAAAUCACACCAACUGCCAAGCUCAAGGGCUGGUGCUGCUUAAACAAGGAACAAGAGAGACGGAUAAUGUCUGUGGACUCCCGUUUACCAGCCCAUCAUCUGUCUCCCCCACCACUCCACUGGGGCCUACACAGCCUGGAAAUGUUCAGGAACCCAUUAUUUCCUCAAUCUUCACAUCACUGAAAAAACUGACUCAUAAAGGUACCUUCAGCAAGUCAGCAGCCAUCCAACUGAAGGAAACAGCAGCUGGGGAAGAUGACAGAGCAGAUAAGCUACUGAUUGCCCACCCUGAAAUUUCCUCUCCACUCAGUCAUGAUUCACCACGUACUCCCCUGCCCACUGCUCACAAGCAGCCCAUGGACCAAGAAGUACAGUUGGGACAACCCAAGCCAGAGCCUAACAAACAGGCAAUGGAGGAUCUUCAGAGUCUUGAUGUCGUGAAGAUUCAAAGAGGUAUCAGUAUGGUAGCCGGUCAGAGUAGUGGAGGCAGAGACUACAAUUCCUACAGACCCAGUCGAAGGGGGUCCCCAAGACAAAGUGCCCAUGAUCACUUUGACAUCAAUGAGCACCUGCCCUGGAUGAUAGUCCUCCUACUGCUGCUGGUGUUGGUUGUGAUUGUAGGGUGUAGUGUGAAGCGAAGCUCUCAGGUGUUGAAGAAGGGCCCAGUGCAGGACCCCAAUGACAUCAUGGAGAAGGCAAUUCAGAAGAAACCACCUGUGCCUUUGACCCAGGUCAGAGAGAAGUGGAUCUACUACUCUAACGGACAGGGGGUGGAUAUCUUGAAGCUUGUGGCAGCCCAGCUCGGUGCCCAGUGGAUUAGCAUCUAUCAGUCACUGGGCACCACCACAGAGCGAGAGGUGUCUGCCUUUUYCAAUGGCUACUCGUGCGAUCAUGAGCGGGCGUACGCAGCGCUGCAGCACUGGACUAUACGAGACAGUGACGCCAACCUGGCCAAGCUGAUCAGCGCCCUGCAUCGACAGCGCCGCAUCGAUGUGGUGGAGAAGAUCCGUUAUGUCAUGGAAGACAACUCACAG